AUGAGGCUGCCACUGCUGCUAUUGCUAAUCCAGUUAUUGGCCCUCAGGGUCAGAGGAACUGCUGCCAAACACUGGCGCCGUGCCCCAGCCCAUGGGGUUUUCAAUGUGGAUCUCUAUGCGUACAACAAGCCCAGGACGAACCUGGCAGGCCAUCAGUCCCGAUCUGGGUCUGAUCCGCCCAUGGGUCAGCUACUGGAGCAACUGUCCCAGCACAGCCGUAGAUCCGUUGCCCAGAGCACCCACUAUAGAAACCUCGAUAAAGCCGGAGAGCUUUAUCCCCAGUUCACGCUGAAUGGAAUGCAGCCGGAGGAGAGGGAGCAGCACAAACAGCCGGACAGAACAAUAGAAUCCCGGGCCGUAAACAAGCAAUUAACGCCGCUGCAAAUGGAUUCGAGUCUAAGCAGAGCGCACGCACAUGAAAAUUUAUAUUCGAGCGAGUUCCAUGUGCAGAGUAUAGGGGCCAAGAAAAUUGUGCAAUUGAAUACCCUGUCUGCCGGCGAUGAACGGAAACCAGUCCGAGAACAAGUUAUGGGCCAGGAACAGGAGGAACACCCACUGAAGGUAGAACUAGCACUGCCACAGCUGCCCGAGGAGGAAGAGGAAGAGGAGAAGCCGCACCACAAUGGUGGUGCACUAGAGGCCAACAGAACCAAAGAAGGAGAAGAACAAACUGCCCCCAGCUCGACGACAACGGAAGCCUCGAGAGAUGUGACAGCACCUGCAGGGCAAUCCCUGGCAAGUGUAAAGAAAACACUGACAGAGCCGCCGAGCGAGACAAUUAUCGAUAUGGAAUCGAAUGGAAUGCUGGAGAUUGUCAGCCAGCUGACAGCGCAGAGUGCCGAUGACAUACACACAAAGGGUCAUCUGGGCACCGAGCUGGUCCAUCAUUCCGGGAGAAACGAGACCGAUGCUAAGCGCACCCGACUGAAGGCCAAGCGAAAGCACGCACACAAAGGAACAGGAACAAGAACAAAAGCAUCUAAUGAAAUUGAUACAAAGAUGACAGCAAGCCCAGCAGUCACUCUUGCUCCAGCUUCAGCUUCUCCGAUUGCAGCUCCGCAACAGCCCAGUACAAGCUCAUCGAUUGACAAGCAGCAGCCAGUGAAGGAAUUGGAAACACAAUCACCGGAAAUCAGCACGCAAGGUCCUCCUGUGGGCACCAAGAGCAAAGGAAAAGGAAAAGGCAAGGGUAAGCGUCGACCGGGCUCCCAGCGACGUCCCUCGACCACUGGCAUGCAGGAGGAAAUUGAAACUACGACAAAUUGGUGGCAGAUACUCCCAUAUGCGGAAAUUAGAACAUUUUUGAAUACGAUUUAUGAUACCAUCACCGACAACGAUGACGAUGAACGAGCCACGGGCGCUGCUUUUUACCCACGCGGUGGGUUUCGGGGCGGCUAG